AGGAUACAUAUUUAAAAGCUGCAUUCUUUUAUUGUUGCUGGAAAUUCGCAGAUUUGGCGGGAAGGAUGUUAAAUACAUGGAGCCCCCUUCACAUCUUUCUUCUUUAAAACUUGGCUCUUGAACAUUUCCUUGUCAAAUAUUUAAUUGCCUUUCAGAUCUUGAUGGAGUCAUUUGGAUUCUCUCCAAUACAUUCACAAUGAAUUGCAACGUGUGCUAAAUUUCGUUCUAUGGCUUUGUGCUCAACAUUCAUAACAAUGGCUUCCAACACCUAAAAAUUAAAAAUGGUAGAAAGUGCAUUAAUGAGGAAACCCUGCCACUAUGGAAAUUACCCUGAGAACUCUUAUGUUUAUUUGUUUUUAAUUUUAUAAUAUGACAUGGAUUAAUAAUUAUUGCCCUUGAACUGUAGUGAGCAUUCAGAGAGAAAGUAUCUGGACAUGACUUUCCCUGGAGGGACUCGUGUGUCAAGGAAAGUUUUCAUCCCUCAUGUCUGUACCCUUAUCUUGGGAUCACUUUUCUCAGUGAUUUUUUUGAGUGUGAUGGGUUCUGCUUGUCCCAAGAGCUGCCACUGCUCUGAAAGGAAUGGUUUGACAGUAGUGCAGUGUUCCUCUCGCAACCUAGAGGAGAUACCCCCAGACCUUCCUCACGAUACCGUGUCACUUCUGCUGUCCUCCAAUCACAUCACCAAAAUCCCCAACCAGGCUUUCAAAAACCUUCCCUGGCUUCAAGAGCUUGACUUGUCGAGGAAUGCUAUUGACACAGUGGAUGCUGGGGCUUUUCAGGGUGUUGCUGAGAGCUUGCGGGCCCUCAAUCUGUCCCAUAACCAUAUGCGAAGCGUACCAAAGGAGACCUUUGCUCGGCUGAAUGCUAAAAUCAGCCUGUCCAACAACCCAUGGCACUGUGAGUGCACCCUACAGGAGGUGUUGCGUGAACUCCAGCUGGAUCCUGAAACUGUGAAUGAGGUGAGUUGCCACACCUCUGUCCAGGAGGAGUAUGCGGGCAAGCCUGUUAUCCAAGUGUUGGAUUCGGGCAUAAACUUUUGUAACUUCCACCACAAGACUACCGAUGUGGCCAUGUUUGUCACAAUGUUUGGUUGGUUCACAAUGGUGAUUGCUUAUGUCAUCUAUUAUGUACGGCACAACCAGGAAGAUGCCAGGAGACAUCUGGAGUACCUCAAGUCUCUGCCAAGUAGCUCCCAAAUUAGUAAGGACUUUGACACAAUCAGCACUGUUCUCUAGCAUCAAUCAAUGCAGUGUAGAAGCAAAUAUGUUUGGCAUAGUAAUGAUGGCACAACAGCAAGCCUUAUCAUUUCCAAUUGCUUCCCAAGGACCUAGUAUGUAAUUUUGUUGAUCAUUUGAUUUGAUUGUAAAUGGUUUUCAUGGAUGUUUGCACAAUGAAUGUUUUGACAAUUGUUCUGUCAAUAUAGUUUCAGGACAACUCAUAAUAAUAUGUAAGAGAUAGCGAAAUUGUAAGAUUAUCGUACGACUUGGUUCGUACGGAAAGGUAUGGUUUUUAUUCCCAUAGAUACCAACCAAACAAUAGAAUUUCAAAUUAAUACAAUAUAGGCAUCAAAUUUCUCUAGCCCCCUAUCCAACACUUAAUUUUAAGAAAGGAAAUGUCUGAGAACAAAUUUGGUCACUCAUUCCAAAUUUUUUGCAAUACAGUUCACUGAUGUACGUCAGUAACACCUUCCCUUGACUUUUUCUAAGCCACAAUGUCUUUUUUGUUGUUUUGUUUUUAUUUUAUUUAUUUUUUUACCGUGGUACACAACAGUGAUUGUCCUAUUAAAAUCAUAGUUAAGUUUAGGGUUUGGGAAAAGGGGUUAAACUUUGUUUAGAUUUAGGUUAGGGAUUAUGCUUUAUGGUUAGGUUUUGGUUGGGGGUUAAACUUAGGAAAUAUCGUAAGAACACUCAUUCAGAAGCCCAUUGUUUAUCUUUCUUCAACAGUACACAACAGUGAUUUUUCUUUUAAAAUCAUCAUAGGUUUGCGUAAUGGGUUAGACUUCAUGGUUAGGUUUAUGUUUGGGAUAUGUUUGGGAAGCCAACUUAUAUGAUUUCACCUUCUUGUUGUAUUAUUACAACUUGUUGUGAGACCGGGUUGUUCUGUUGUGGCCAACUGGUGCCUCACCGCAGGUUCUGCAAAAGCUCCAAUUUCUUUACAGGGGCUUAAAUUACAGUUUCCUAAAAUGAUUUGUCAGUUUGUGUUCUAAUUUAAUUACAUUUAACAACCAAGAACUAAAUGCUGGAUUUAUGGUCCAUUUUAUUUUCCUUUCUUUAUGGUGUUGUGUUAAUGAAUUGAAUUUUCAGAGCAAGUACAUCACUACCAGAAACCCAUCAGUUGAGCUUUGCCUUUUUAUCUGGAAAGUUGGCAGCUCACCCCAUUCUAAAUGCUCAAGUGCCUACUCCCUGGUACCUCAACACCAAUACACUGUGCAUUGGGCAUUAUUUGGUGUGUUUUCUCUCUGUUCCUUACAAUUGAAGAAAAAAAUCUUUGAAUGAAUGUUACGUCCCAGUACAUAAUCUUUGUUGGGGACCUGUGUGUGCUGCCUGUGUGUGUGCUUCUUUGUUAUUUUCACCCUACUUUGCUAUCACAGGAUCAGUGACACCAGCUUGCUUCAAUUACCAUCAAUGGGUGUGGCUCUCCUGAUUCGCUCCUGGAGGAUGGCACACCAGUAUAAAAGCGUGCCUGGUGGAACUAGAGAGGGGAGACAGGAGAUACUUCCAUGCAGUUGCCCUUGCUGAGAUUACCUGUCUCAGAUGUUUUUGUGUUGUUGAAAUAUUAACUCCAAGCCUGUAGCUGUUGAUUCAUGUAUGUAUUAAUACUUGCUAAACAUUCCUGUGAAGCAGGGUUUAUUUGUUGUUUAGCUCUCCUGUUGUAUUGCCAUUCUUGCUAAGCUAAUUGGUUUAUGCUUAGUUCUGGAGGAAGCUGUAGGGAGUUGGGUGCCAUUUUCUUUGUAUACCUUUUUCUCCUGUUUUUAUGUAUAGAGAGGGCGCAAGUUGUAGCCCUGUGUCUUUUUGUUGUAUUUUCUCUUUGAAAGCUUUAGUUUUCAUGAAAUGGCUAGAAGCUUGUUUUGUUUUGGCCUGGCCCUCUCUUGAGCUAAUUUUGCUUUCCCCCCCCCCCCAUCUUUUUUUUAUUAUUUAUUUAUUUAUUUAUUUAUUUAUUUUUAAAUCUAGCUGAGCAAUACUUUUAAUAAAUCUGACACUCCUUCAAAUUGUGUCAUCUGGAAAGUGCUGGGGUGAGAGAUGGGAGCUCAGACAAGUACAACACUUAUUUAUUUACAUUUUAGUUUUGUUACUCCUCUACCCUAGACAGGGGAGGAUGUAACAUAUUGAGGCAAUUUCUGUUGCACUGUGUUUAUUAGAGCAGUGUCAUUUUCAGAUAUUUAAGUGUAAAUCUUCAUGUAUUUGAAGGAUUUCUCUGAUCUUUGUCAAUGCAAGUGUUGUACUGUAUAUAAAUAGAAGAUAUCAGAUGAUAUGCAAAAAAGGAAUGUAUUUGUUUAUUAUAGGAAAAAGGGCUCGAGUCUUUUCAUCUGAACAUAAUGUGUGUUUAUGUAGUGAGUCCACAUGUAUCAGUUAGUUCAUCAUUGUACAAGCCUUUCUG